AUGGGGGGCCCUGAGGGGAAGAUCAAUCGGCCCCGAAGGGAACUGAAGAAGAAGCUGUUCAAUCACGGGUGGGGGAGGGAGGGGUUGAAUAGGGAGCAUCAACUGAAGCACCAGGUGGUUGGGGCUGUGAUAGACGCAGGGCUGAUCACAAGCCACCAUCUCAAGAAGUAGGCUUACCAGAUGAGACGGUCCAGUGCACGUGGCAACAUUACUCUGUCAAGGAAGAAGCGCAGGAAACUCCUGCAGCAGAUCCACCUUAUGCAGAAAGAGAAGGCGGCCAUGGAAGUGGAGUCUCCUUCAAAGCCAACCAGGACUAGUGAAGCACAACCCAAACAGCAAAAGAAGACAAAAGCCCAGCAGGACGUAGACAUGAAGGACCUUGAAGAUGAGAGCUAAAGUUCUUACCUCUUCUACCACAAGUUUCUCAGCUGGAGCCAUAAGGACUCCAGAGGUGGUUUCAGAGGACUUUGGAGAAAGCAUUGCCCCUUUUCAGCUCUGCCCAGAUUCCUCUUCCAUAAUGGCCUACUGACCUUCCCUGUAGGGAUGUAUUAUGAGGAAAAAGGAUACAGAAGAAAAUUGGGGAGGGGCCUGUCUAGCGGUCGACAUUUGUAAUAAAGCCCUAGAGCUCUGA